UGUUUUAGUGAUUGGCAAUGGCGGAAAGUGACAUGACGUGAGUUGUGACAAGAUGCGGGUGGCUAUGACUGAAUUAUCAAACAAAGUGACUGAUAUUUUUUGGUGUCAAGCCAUUAAAAUACCGCCUAAAUAUUAUUUAAACACCGGGGAUUUUAAUUUGUUAUAAAUAUUAAAAAAAUGGUGAUGUUUUUAGUUAUAAAUAUUAAUUAUCAUAUUACGUGUAUGUCACAUUAUCUAUUAAAUAUAAUCAAGGAUAAAGUAAAGGAGUUUUGGUAAAUCGAUGUCAUGUGUUUUUAAAAUCAUUUUAAAUUUAAAAUAAUUUCACUGUUUAUAUAUAUGACAAGAACUUUAAUAAUAAUAAUAAUGAGAAUGGGAUUUAAUUAAUCAAUUGAUUGUCGUGCCUAAGAAUGAACAUCACUCACGACCUAAAAUAAAUUACCUGUCAAAUAACAACAUAAUCUAGUCAAACUGCAAGUCUUAUUUACGACUGAACGAAGUCAUUUAUUUAUACUUAAUUAAUUAAUUAAUUAGUUAAUUUAUUUAAAAAUAAUAGACUGAAAAAAAUAAUUAGUCAAUGUACUGUAAGUGCUAAAUAUAUUAAAGUUUAUAAAUAAUUCUGCUAUGGAAUUGAUAUUUGUAGAUUUAAAUAUUAUUAAAAUCAAUAUACAAGGUGCUAAAUAUUAAUUAUUUAAAUUUUGGCACAUUAUUACCUGACACAAAAUAUAAUUACAAAUAAUAAGGUCGUAAUGUAUAAAAUAACAAUAAUUAUUUAAAUAUAUAUAUAUAGUUAAUUAUUAAAUAAAUUAAAACGGGAGUAUGGAGCAAGACCCGAAUGAAUUAUUGAAGGGAGAGUCGUCAUCCUCGCCGCGGACAAAGCAGAAGAAAAAAUCUCUGUGUCAAAUGUUGAUGCACAAAAAAACACGGGUCGGUUGUAUGGAGAUGUCUUACAAUAACAAAGACAAAGACGGAGAGUUGACCGGGACCGCGGGCACGGGAAAUAACAAAAAUAAAAUGGAAAACUCCCAGCACAGUUCCCACACCAGCACAAAAUUAUCUCUAUGCUGUGCCAUGACCGAAAGAAGCCGAACUCCACCGCAGAGUUUAUCAGCAAGCAGACUUUCUCCAACGUUGAGUCGUACGUCAGUCAAGUCUGAAGUCGCAUCGUUAAAUGGAAACUGCAGAACAAAUGCUGUCGUAGAGAGCCAAGUAAAUCACCACCAGCAGUCCAAUAAUCAUCAUCAUCAUCAUAAUUACCAGGGUAUUAGAACUUCAUCACCGGCAUUUAAAAACAAGUGUUGUCAUGAGCACGUUUUUGAACCGAGUACCACUUCCGUUGCCAAGGAACAUCGUCGUAGUGCUUACGCUGAUGGUGAUCAAUCAUCAUCGGACUCGGCCUCGCCGUCGAUUUCCACGCAGAUGAAGCACAAGCUGCUGCACAGAAGGUCAGCAGACAACCUGAUGAUCAAUGCCUUGGCAAAUUCUGCUCAACAUUCUAGUCCCGACUCUAUAAAAAGUGUUCCUAUACAUCUCAAGCCGCGUUCGACGUCUCACGAUGCCCUGCCUAGAAAGCAAGAACGCCAAGGUAUACAAACAGAUGGUGCGUCGAUGGAUAAUUUGGCUAAACAAUCUCUGCUGGCUGCACAAGUUCUUAAUUUGAUGCCAACCCAAAAGGCGAGAGAGCGGAACUAUUUGCAUGGGCGCGUUGCUGCCAAUUCGCUGCUGGGUCCGGUUGAGCUUGAGAAGGUGCUGCCUAAUCGUGAGAUUAAAAUUCUCAUUGGGACGUGGAAUAUGAACGGACGGGCGCCACCGAAGCAGCUGAAUGAUCUCAUGCUGCCAACAGAGGUCCAGACGAUUCCAGACAUCCUGGCUAUUGGAACCCAGGAGUCUUAUUCAGAGCGCAGCGAAUGGGAAGCUGCGCUACAAGAAACUCUGGGACCAUCUCACGUCUUGCUAACUAGCGCGAGUCUUGGCACACUUCAUCUGGCCUUAUUUAUUAGACGUGAACUAAUUUGGUUCUGUUCCGUGCCAGAAGAAGACAGUUUUUCCACCCGACCUGGCACCGCAUUCCGGACCAAAGGAGCUAUUGCACUAGCUAUCAUGUUAUUUGGUACGAGCUUUCUUUUCGUAACUGCCCAUCUCACAGCUCAUCAGGACAAAGUUAAAGAGCGUGUCAGCGACAUCAAGCGAAUCGUAAGAAAUCUAGAUCUGCCCAAAGACUUGCCUACGAAACAUAAAAAUAAAGAUGUGACACAGAACUUUGACUGUGUCUUCUGGUGUGGAGAUUUAAAUUUCCGUUUGGCGCAGCCGCGGGAAGAAGUCAUCCAAUGGGUGACUAACACAUGUUUCCCGCAUCCUUCGGCAGUAUCUCUAUCGAAAGAUCAACUUCACACUGUUCUAAAUGAUGGGUCAGUUCUUCGUGGGUUUGAAGAGGCACCGAUAACUUUUCCCCCGACCUACAAGUACGACCCGGGAACACAAACAUUCGAUUCGAGUAGCAAACAGCGGGCGCCUGCGUACACUGAUCGGAUUCUCUAUAAAGGAAAGGGUCAUACACGUGGAUACAUUAGACGAGUUAGUCAGGACAAUACACAUUCAAAUAAGGAUGGAAAUAUUGAGUGUCUUGUUUACGAUUCCGUGCCUAGUAUUUGUACAUCUGAUCACAAACCGGUUUGGGGUGUAUUCAAAACAACCGUACGACCGGGAAUUGAUACGAUUCCUUUGGCUGCUGGUUUAUUCAAUCGGGAAAUUUAUCUCGAAGGAAUAAAGCGUCGAGUUGCCGCAAUGGACGAGGACUCUGGCACUUCGAACGUCUGUUCGCUGCAAUAGAAAAAGAAAAUUAUUUAUUUAUUUAUUAUUUAUUUUAAUUAACUCAGGAUUCAUUAAGUUAAUUAAUUUAAUUAAUUUAAUGCUUGCAAUACAAAAAUCUCACGAUUAAAAUAGAAAAUAUUUUUUUGAUACUUAGUUAGGGACCCGCCGACAUUCAAAUCUAGUCUAUAUAUUAAGUAUUUUUAUUAGUAUUCAGCAUAUUCUUUUAUACAAAUAUUUAAUGUUAACGGGAAUUGAACUUUUAUUUUUAAAAGUUCAUCUACUAAAUUUUUUUUUCUCUUCGUGGAAAGUUUUGUAUAUAUUACAUUUAAAUUUAUUAAUUACUAUCGAUCAAAUAUUGUAAUGCACAUUUUAUUGACACAAAUUAGGAGUUGGUUUAAAAAAUAUAACAAUAAAUGAAACGGGACAAUAAUACCGAGAAAAAGAGCGGCAAGCUUCGUAUUAUUUAAAUAAAUUAUGAAAACUUAACAAUCACGGACUAUAAGUAAAAUAAAUAACGUCCAAGAAUAUUUAACAGUUUAAGUCUUUUGUAAAUUUUUAUUAAUUAUUUUACUUGGGGACCAGAUUUAUGAGACCUAAUUGUAAUCUGGCUGUAAAAAUUAUCAUUAUCAAUUAAACAAUUGUUAUUAAUUAUUACGCACUUAAAAAAUGAGACAAAGUGGUUUUCACUUAUAAAUAAAUAUCAGUGCCAUUAUUGCUGGUACUUCAACUAAUUACUUAUCCGAGCUACUAAAUACUCUAUUAAUAAAUUAUUAGAUUAAUUAUUAAAUAUCGCUAAUUAAUGCCGAUUUAAAUCGACCUCAGUACAUAGACAUACUUUUGCCAACCUGUUGUACAGGGAAUAUAAUAUUUAAAAAUUAUAUUUUUAACAAAUAGUAAAAUCACUAGCUAUUUGAUGAAUUAUCUCAAUUGCAUUGUUAAUUAAAUAUUAAUAGAGCAAGCUAAUUAUUAGAUCUGUCGUUAGAAUUUGAAAGCAAGAAGAGCGAAUAUUUAUUACACAGAUCCCGAUGAUACAGACCCCAAAUAUCCAGAUUACAGAAAAUCAGGACUUGUCACCGUCUAAAAAAAUCCAUAGAAAAUCGUGAAUUCAACAUUUUCUUUUUGAUUUAAAAUUUACCGGAAAUCUGGAGAACCAGGACCUGUGUCAUCGGGAUCUAUGUAAUAAACAUCUGCCUAGCAAGAGGAGUAGUUUUGAGACUAUUACAAUUUGAGUCUGCCUUAAUAUGCCUUAUUCACAAUUGUUAUAUAUGUGAAUUAAAUUUCAUUCUCGACUGUUGAUGCUCCUUAGAAAAUUUAAUUACAAUCUAUUUUAAAAUCUCACUAUAGAUAUAUCUUAUCAUGCUUACGAUUAUGAUUAUGAUGAUUCGAGUUAUCUUUGUUUGUAAUCGGAUUUAUUUAAAUAAAGUAAAUAUAAAGCAAAGCCAAAAUACAAGACUCGAAAUAAAUAAAGUGCAGGUGCGUGUUUUGAGGGCACGUGCGCUUUAAAGACUGGAUUAAAUUUUUCAAACACUCCUCUUACGCUGUGAUAAAUGAAUGAUUUAUUAAUUGUCAUCUACGUUGGGUCAGUGUCAAGUACUUUUGGGUAAAUAGAAUAUAAGGAGCAGCAUUGAAAAAACUCUGAAACGCUUGAGCUUUAAAUUAUGUUAUGGAUUAAUUUAAAUAUUAUUAUUAUUAUAUUAAUUAUUGUACGACGUACAGAGAGCACAAGUUGUUGCGAAUGUAGAUAGUACUUAGAUUGUUUAUGAUCAAACGAUUAUUUCGGAGCAGAAAAGUGUAAGAUUAUGAUUAUACGAUUUGAAUUACAAUGAUUGUAUAGUCGAGAAUUCCAGUGUAAUAGAGUAUUUGUAAUGACAAAGAAGAAAUAUUUAUAAUAAAAUAGUCCAAAUGGUUAUUGUGGAACUUUUAAUUUCAA